AUGGGCUCGGUGAUCCUCAACCACGUGCCGUCGGAUCAGAUCGACAGCCAUUACACGAUGCUGGGGGGCCCGCUCAAAUCGGACUCGGUCUACUCGCGCCCCCAACAGUCGGCCCAGUCGCAGUCGCAGUCGCAGCCGCAGCCACCGCUGGAUGCCCGCUCCAGCUCGUCCUCCAACAGCACCCCCACUUCCACCGCCCCGCCAACCGUCUCGGGCUCUGGCUCUGCUCGGCUUCCCGCGCAUGCAAUCGACGUCCCCGCCUACCUUAGCUCAUAUAAUCCUUCGCAACCCGCCUCGAGAUCUCCCUUCGACACCCCCUCCCACCACCCCGCGCCAUCGAUGACCUCACACUCCCACUAUGGCAUUCCGCCCGACCACCCAUCCUACUCCAACUCCCACACUCCCCAGUACCCCCAGGCAGGCCACCAUGCCGCGGCCGAACCGAUAACGUCCGCACCAGACCCCUCACCUCAGGCGGCCCCCGACUCUCCGCGCUUGCAACCGACCUUCCGCUCCAUGCAAUCACUCGGAGGUUCAGAGGCAAAUUCGCCCAGCCGCAUCCGCGUCCGCAGCUUGUCUCACAUCCAGAGCCUGGCCAGUGAAGAAUUCCUGAAUCAGCCACCUCGAUCCCACAUCUCCGGGCAUGGAUCACAACGGCAGUUUGAGAUCAGCUCUAUGCCUGUCACCGACAUCAUUGAGAUGGUCGCUGGUCUCCUCACCAAGAUCACCACGACCAACGACAUGCACCACGAGAACGUGCAUCGCCACAUCCCACCUCCGGACGGCACAGGCAACCUCAGCCCACAGGCCACGAGUGUGCUUGCUUUCCACGGUAAGAACGUGCCGAGCAUCACCGUUCUGAGCUAUCUCACCCGCAUUCAUAAAUAUUGCCCGACCACCUACGAGGUGUUUCUCAGCUUGCUCGUCUACUUCGACCGUAUGACCGAGUUGGUCAACCGUGGCCAGCUCGGCCAGGUGCAACACCGUUAUGAUUCCAGCCCUCGCCACCUUUCCGGCCCGGCCUCUACAGAAUCACUGGAGACCCCAUCACGACACCAAACACAGGAUCCGUCCAUGGUAACACCGCCCUCGUCAGCGCGCAUGACCGGCCAGGACCCCAGCCCCAACUCGAGCAUCUCACCCGCCCUGUACCCGCAGGCCGAAGACGAGAGUCUCUCCCAUUUCUUUGUGGUCGAUAGUUUCAAUAUCCACCGGCUGGUCAUCGCGGGCGUGACCUGUGCGAGUAAAUUCUUCUCCGAUGUCUUUUAUACCAAUUCUCGAUAUGCAAAGGUUGGGGGUCUCCCUCUCGUGGAGCUGAAUCACCUCGAGCUCCAGUUCCUGAUGCUGAACGACUUUCGACUCGCCAUUCCCGUCGAGGAACUAGAGUCCUACGGGACCAUGCUGGUUGAGUUCUACGCCCGCGAGAUUGUCGCCCAGCAGCAGCAGCAGCAGCAGCAGCAACGGCAACCACAGUCUGUGCCCCGAGCCAUCAACCCCGCGCCCGAUGCUGCCUCGGACGCGAUGUACAUGCGGUCCCACGACAAGCGCCGGGAUCAGCCGGACUUUGGCCAGACUCCGACUCCACCCUGA